CCUUUAAGUUGUUUGCCAACCGCCAUUAAACAGGAAGAAGAAGGAGAAGGAGCGCACCUAAUCCAGAGUUCUUCCUCAAACUGUCACGGUGGCACGGAGAUUUUUAUAGUAGAAGAGCUACUUGCUGCUUAUUCAAGGUGCGUCUUUGGUCCUCUGUCCUCAUGACUCGGAUCUUCGUUUACGGCACUCUGAAGAAGGGGCAGCCCAACAACUACCGCAUGUUCGACAACAACAAUGGAAAGGCCGAGUACCUGGGUUCGGCGUUCACCUCCCAGAAAUACCCGUUAGUGAUCACCACCAAGGACAACAUCCCUUUCCUGCUCAACAUCCCUGGCCAGGGUCACCGAGUGCACGGGGAGAUCUACAAAGUGGAUGACCAGAUGCUGAAAUUCCUGGACGAUUUUGAAAGCGUCCCAACGUUGUACCAGCAGACGGUGGUCCAGCUGGAGGUGAAGGAGUGGGUGGGGAAGAUGGAAGGAGAGGAGAAGGUGUCACCGGGGAGCAUCAUGGACGUGUUUGUGUACACCGCCACUACGUACGAGCCAGACUGGCGCUCGCUGCCGUGCUACGAGAACUACGACUCAGAGGGAGAUCACGGGCUCAAAUAUAAUACGGAAGAAAAGCUAUAAAGGGACUGAUCUCACCGUGCUGACACAACUGACAAAUGGACCUCUAUGUGGUGUUAGCAGAAUGGGUGAAGGAGCUCUCAGGAAAACAACACCUGGACAUGGGUGCUGUUUCCUGUCGUGUGUCAAAUUGAAAGAAAUCUCAAGAGAAAUUAAUUUUAAUAGCAGAUAGGCAGGCUUACAAUCAAAGUAAGGAUAGUGUAGAGAAGGAAAAGGGCACACUGUGCCACUGAAAGUUGCAUAUUAGUAAUGUUGUUUACAAAUUUGGUUUUCUUUUUAUGAUUUAUAAUCAUCUGGGAAGCAUUAUGAUCAAACUGGAAGGCUUUUAUUUUGGCGUAUUGCUGUAACAUGAAUUGUAUCUCUAACGCUAAAUAUUUUGGUUGGAUGUCUGCUAUGACACUACCGGUUUAAAUGCUAAACACAUGCACUUUUAAUAAUGCAAAGAUACAGAACAUACAGUAGCCGUAUAUGCACAUCCUUUCACAUGUUGUGAAUGGCUGCACUGUAAACACAGAUACUGGCCAUCUAGUUUCUCACUAAUGUGAAAAUAUUAAUAGAAAAGCUGAUCUGCAGUUCAGUAAUUGCACAUGUAUACUAAAUAUAAACUGUAUGGGCAACGUUCUCUGAACCACGUGCACCCAUUUGUCAGCAGCUAGCUUCCUCUUACAGGAUAAAAGCAUAGUUUUAGAAACUGACAAGCCUCCAUGUCCCUGAGAAAAUCACUCCAGCCUGAUGCUGUGCACCUAGAAGAAUAUACUCCAAACCUUUCUCAGAAAAAUGAAGAUGUACUGUCAGAUAAGCUUAUUAACACUGACUUUUUACAGUUUACUACCGUUAACUUCCAGGUGAAGCUAAUAUGUAAGUGCCUUCAACCUGCAUUCUUUUGUAUGGCCAGCCUGUGCUUCUUAAAAAUGUGAUUGCAUAGAAGUCUGUGAGGAAAUGACUCAGCUGCUUACUUGAUUUAUGACCUCACCAAAGAGUUUUUUGAUGAGUGUGUGGUCUCAAAGAAAGUCUUAUUUAAUGGCAUCUAGGUUAAGAAAGGCUUAGAAGAGGGUUGUCAAACAUGAGGCCCAGGGGCCAGAUUCAACCCGGCAUGUGGGCUUUGGAAAGUUUUAAAGCUUUCCACAAUGAGAAAGAGCUCAGAUUCCUUUCCUAUUCCUUUUUAAAAAUUCUUUUCAUUUACUACAGUAGAAAAAAUGAUUUGCACUUUAAAUGUGUAGUUAAAUGUGUUUAUACUGACAGAAAGGAGAUUUUCACUGAGUUUGACACUCUAGGCUUAGAGCAUUUAUAUUACACAGAUAUGAACUCUGAUUUUACACUAAUCUGCAGACAAUGUGUUUAAUAUUUACAUUCUGCACAUCUUUGUUUACCUCAAAAAUAAAAAUUCACCCUGAUUUUUUUUGUAUGAUCUUCCAUGUGCUGUGUUCAUCCCCUCUAAGGGAUAAACUCAAUAAAAAGAGGAAAAAAGAAA